UUCUCUGACAUUCGUUCGUCUCUUAGCGGAAGAGCACGUCAUGCCUGACCCAGCGAAGACGGCGCCCAAGAAGGGCUCCAAGAAAGCCGUGACCAAGACCGCCGGCAAAGGUGGUAAGAAGAAGAGAAAGACCAGGAAGGAGAGCUACGCUAUCUACGUGUACAAGGUGCUCAAACAGGUGCACCCCGACACCGGUAUCUCCUCCAAGGCUAUGAGCAUCAUGAACUCCUUCGUCAACGACAUUUUCGAGAGGAUCGGCAGUGAGGCUUCCCGCCUGGCGCACUACAAUAAGCGCUCCACCAUCACCUCCAGGGAGAUCCAGACUGCCGUGCGCCUCCUGCUGCCCGGAGAGCUGGCCAAACACGCCGUGUCUGAGGGCACCAAGGCCGUCACCAAGUACACCAGCUCUAAGUAAACUGCGCCUGCGCGUUCAUCCCAAAAUAACGGCCCUUUUUAGGGCCACACACAGCUUACAAAGAGCGCUGUCUGUUUUUGUUUUCUUUUUCUUUUAAAGAUUCAGUUUAAGGGUUGCAGCACAAUACCUGUCAGUAAUGACAGUUCUUUACAAAACAUUAAAUGAUCGGGGCCAGUGUCUUUCUAAACUUAAGUGGGACUCUAGUUCUUCAGUCAUUUCAUUAAGGUUGAGCAGUUUCACUCUUAACCUACACAAAGCCAUAUUUCGGUCCUAAACUCUCAAAAAUAUUCAGUUGGUGUUUUUCUUUAUUGUACAACUAGUCAUCGUUGUGAUGAAUUUAGGAUGUUCUGCUUCAGUCUUGUUCCUCCUCAGGUGUGAGGAGUGCAGCCCGUUUUGUUCACCUGUUCAGAUGAUUUGAAGCUUCUCUGUCAUCUGUCCGAUAGGUCAUCUAUAUCGCACCUCCACAGAGUAUGAAUUGUGUGGAGGCUUGUCUUCCAAGUCAUCUAUUAAAAAAAAUAUAUAUAUAUAUAUAUAUAGAUAGAUAGAUAUGUGAUUGUUCAGUUUAUUUUAUUUUAUUUUAUUACCUCCGCCAAGGAGGUUAUGUUUUUGCCGGCAUUUGUUUGUUUGUUUGUCUGUUAGCAACAUAACUCAAAAAGUUAUAGACCGAUUUUGAUGAAAUUUUCAGGAUUUGUUGGAAAUGUGAAAAGGAAGAACUGAUUUCAUUUUGGGGGUGAUCCGGAAGAAAUCCUGGAUUCUGGAUCACUUUGAAAUUUUAGUUAACAUUGUGGUAAAUGGGGCCAAAAAUUUUGUUUCUCAAUAUCUCGGUUAAUUAUUGACGAAACCCCAUGAAAUUUGACUCAGGGAUGGACAAUGGGAUCAUAUUCCAAAGGCUGAUUCGGAUCUGAUCCAGAAGACUGAUUUUAUCGCAAUUUAUAUAAAAAUGGGGGUAGUCCUUGGCGGAGGUCUGCGCUCUCUGAGUGCUUUUCUAGUUUUAUUUAUUUAAUGAGACAGGAACAGUGCACAGUAUAUAUUAACCUCAACAGGAGAGAUAUCAGGUUGUAGCACUAGUGCUAAUUUCCACCUGUAGUCCCCUAGCCAAGCCUAGCUAUCAGCUGUUCUUCCUGGAGACCUAUGUAGCAUGUUUUGGAUGAAUAUAAACUCAGAUAGUGGAUCUGAAAAGUCUUCUUUGUUCUUUGUAAACUGUUUUUACUCUUUGGAAGUUCAGUCACUCCAGUGUUUUGGGAGUUUGGUCCCUUUUUUUCUUGAGUGAGCUACAAAGGUACCUCAUAGCAAAAAAUCAAAGGUAUACUGUCUAAAGCAGACUUGGAGAGACUUAUCCAUGCGCUUGUCCCCAGUAGGUUAGACUACUGUAAUGGUGUCUCACUGGCCUCUCCAAACGAGCCGCGAGACAGCUACAGUACAUCCAGAACACUGCAGCUCGGGUCCUGACUCGAACUAGGAAGUACGAGCACAUAAGUCCUGUGCUCAGGUCUCUGCACUGGCUCCUGUGGCUCUUAGAACAGACUUUAAAGUGAUCUGCUUGUGUACAAGUCUCUCCAUGGCCGAGCACCAAAUUUUGUGACU